CCCCCCCCCCCCCCCGGUCACGUCUUAUGCCGACAUUAAGUUGGUGAAUACAUAUUCAGGUUUUUGACUAGUGCAGUCUAAAUGACAUAUGCGUAUCUGUUGCGUCACUAAAGCGAUCGAUUUAAGAUCAGGGAGCAGACGCUCAUCUGGAAUAGAGUUUACUUGUGCGGUAGUUGCUUAGUAUAUAAUUCCUACUUUUCGCUGAAAAGGUUCUUUUGCCCUAUCAUUACAGAUAGUCAAAGUACAUCAGGACACCGUGGACAGUUACUUUAGAGACAUAGCCGAGGCAACUAUGGACUCCACUGCUGACUUGCAUGCCAGAAACGAAUACGAUGCUAUCGGCGCAAGCUGGGUUGCGGAACAACGUCGCUCCGACAAACAGAGGACAGCCGAAGAGGAAGCCUCCGAUCUGGUCUACAAUUUCCUGAUCCCCGAGGUACUCGCCAGUGCAUUUCAGAGCAACAAGCAGUAA